GUUGCUAGAGGUGGGGCGUUGUUGGAAACUGUCGCAAUAUCUUCGCGCUUCUUGGGUUUGCGCCUCCGUCUGUCCGAGCAGGUACAGAGCGAGUGUGAGAUCUCGCCGGACAUGCUUACCGGGUUCUAGUUGGCUUCCGGCCCCGAACUCUCGCCGAAGGGGUGUGGUAGCCCGAGCGUCUGAACCCGUUCCCAAGGGUCCUUGUGACCCUCUCGUUCUGGGAGUCCCCUGUCCCCGUUCCUUUCCCUGGAGUGAGGGCCCGCCCGGCUUCCCCGGUGUCCCCGCAGACCCCGCCAUGGGCAACACAAGCAGUGAGCGCGCCGCGCUGGAGCGGCAAGGUGGCCAUAAGACGCCCCGGAGGGACAGCUCGGGGGGUGCCAAGGACGGGGACAGGCCCAAGAUCCUGAUGGACAGCCCCGAGGACGCCGACCUCUUCCACUCUGAGGAAAUCAAGGCUCCAGAGAAGGAGGAAUUCCUGGCCUGGCAGCAUGAUCUGGAGGUGAACGAUAAAGCUCCCGCCCAGGCUCGGCCAACUGUAUUCCGAUGGACGGGGGGCGGAAAGGAAGUUUAUUUAUCUGGGUCCUUCAACAACUGGAGUAAACUUCCCCUCACAAGAAGCCACAAUAACUUUGUAGCCAUCCUGGAUCUGCCUGAAGGGGAGCAUCAGUACAAGUUCUUUGUGGAUGGCCAGUGGACACACGACCCUUCCGAGCCAAUAGUAACCAGCCAGCUUGGCACAGUUAACAACAUCAUUCAAGUGAAGAAAACUGACUUUGAAGUAUUUGAUGCUUUAAUGGUGGAUUCCCAAAAGUGCUCCGAUGUGUCUGAGCUGUCCAGUUCACCGCCAGGACCCUACCACCAGGAGCCCUAUGUCUCCAAACCCGAGGAGCGGUUUAAAGCGCCCCCCAUCCUCCCGCCACAUCUGCUCCAGGUCAUCCUGAACAAGGACACGGGCAUUUCGUGUGAUCCAGCCUUGCUCCCUGAGCCCAAUCACGUCAUGUUGAACCACCUCUAUGCGCUUUCUAUCAAGGAUGGAGUGAUGGUGCUCAGCGCAACCCACCGGUACAAGAAAAAGUACGUCACCACCUUGCUCUACAAGCCCAUAUGAAGAGCUGGGAGCAGAUGGGCCACAGGGAACAGUUUGCACCACCAGGCUCCACGCGUGCAUGUUUUACACUAGAGGGACCGGACUGUAAAUUUCUCAUUUCACACUCUCAUAAGACAUUUCAUACCUGCCCUAGUCCUCCUUGAAGGUUGUUUCAGGCACAAGCAGCUCCAGAAGAGCCUCGGUCUACAACAGUCCUCUUCUCACCCAGCGGCUGUGAACCCCAUCAAGGUCAAGACAGGAGUCAAGGAGACCAGGAGCUGUGCAGCCACUGCACUGCACUGCCUGAGGGCAAGUGUAAUCCUAAAAUAUGUCCUCUGAGCUGGUCGUGGAGAUGUUUCUUAAGCCAGAAAUGAAUGCUAGUAAAAACGAAGCAGGGGACUGAGGCCACACAAAGUUCCUAAGUGUGUGUGCAUCUUUACAGCCACUGACUUGUCCCUGUUGCAGCCUGGCUGUGGCGCUAACAAUAAGUACAGUGUUGGUCUUCCUGUCCUUUGAAAUCAAAGCAAUAGAUUCUCUCCCAUUCUCUGUCCCAGGGAGGCGACAUUUAUAUAGAAAUUAGAACCUGUCUGGUUUCCAGAUGAAGUUUUACAAUUGUUUCUUACACUUAAGUACACUAAAUACUUUUUUAAAACCAGAGGUGGUUGACUGUAUAGCCUUAAGGCAAUUUUUCAACCAUCACAACUAGAACAUAGAUCAUGUGAAACGUCCUUAGCAAUAACCUGUUCUCAGAACAGACUUCUAAAACCGCUGCUGGGUUUCUCCAGUAAGCUGAAUGAUCCUGAGGGCUGACUAAUGUUGGCUGCAAGGUUGUCCAGCUUUUUAUUCGAGGCAGAGAGGUGACAGUAUUAUUACUAUGAAAAUUUGGGAGAGGCACUGCACUCUAAUUUGAAUUACAGCCUAGGACACCUUGCUGAAGACCUCUGCCGCUAGUUAGCAAACACAGUUGCAGCAUUUGCUGUUGUUUGUACUGAAAAGAAUUUAAAAGUUGACAGCAGCCUUCUCGAUUCAUGUCAGGAAGACAUCCUUUGGACCAAACCGGAGGACUAGGUUUCUCUUCCCUGGGCUCGGUUUCCAGGGAGCUGCCCGCAGAUGUGCCCGUUAGCACAGGUUCCUGUUGCCCAGUCGGCAGAAGUUAACAUUAUGCCCUGUGCUCCUUCCGGGAGGGGGAGGAACGAGGUCCUUGGUUUCCAGUAUUUCUUUGGUAAACCUGAAUUUGAAGUACCCUUUUUUGAUAUUGUUUUCAGAACACUGAAUGACUGUCCCCUUGUCGUACAGGUUUCAAUAAAGCUUUUUAAAGAUAAUUGGGCAUGUGCUUGGAGGACCAUUUUAUCCAGUCAUUUGGGGGCUUGCCCUCCCCCAGAGGUUCAUUCGGUGCGGUGCUUUUCCACACCUGGUCAUGGUACCAUUUGUGUGGCCCAGGGGUGGGGUGAAUGGAUAAGGCUGCUCCAGCUGCCCCAAGGGCUGAGGGCCAUUCCCGGGAUGCAUCCAGUCACCACACAGUUUGGAAGCCUGUUAAGGGGCCUCUAAAGCCCAGCCCCUCUGAGCAGCUCAGUCAGGACAGGAAGCUGAGGAGAGCUGACCACAAAGGUUCCGGGCUUGGGCAGGCUUUUCUCCUCAGGUGAGAGGCUUUGCUUCCUGUUGCUUUUAACUGCUUGUAAACUCUUGGAUGUAGCUUGUUCCAAAGUUGUGUUAUCAGCUAGAACAGUACCCAGUGUCCCUGAUAACACAGAGAUUGAAGGUUACGGGUGUCCCUUUAAGCCUUUUCUUCCCAGGCACUAUGAAACAUAUAAAACGUAGCAGAAAAAAGGGCCUCUGAGUGAUCUGGUCCACUUGAGGUAGAGAGUGGCCUGGAAAGCAUUCCAAGAUGGGUAUUUACCUGUCUCACCCUGGAACCUAAGUGAGGGGGAUCCCUGGAUUUUAGAGUUAGGGUGGACUGUGGUUGUUGGCUGCUGUCAAGUCAGCCCCUGACUCAUGGUAACCCCUUGCACAACAGAACAAAACGCUGCUGGUCCUUUGCCUUCCCUGUGAUCAGUUGCAGAUCAGACUGCUGUGAUCCAUAGGGUUUCACUGGCUAAGGGAUUGCUUAAGUAGACGAAGGGAAACAGACACAAUUCCUAUUUCCAAAACUGGAUAAAAUGUCCUUUAAAUAUAAUUUCAAAUAUAUAGCUAAGCUCAAAAGUAUAAAAAGGAUAUACCAAGUCCCAGAAACAAACCCUUUGGUGAGCUGUGAACACAGGGUGGCCGGGGGCCAGGACCCACACCUGGGGAAGAUGCUCCCAGCAUGAAAUAGCCCAGCACUGUGCUACCUGCUCUGUAACCAGGGAUUGGAGAGGCUGGCUGCUGGCCUGAGUCAGGGCUCGGAAGGGAGCUAUCAGGAAAAUCCAGCAUGCAGAUAAGCUCCACUGACAAAGUACAGAAAAACCGAAGGCGAACAGCCAAUGUAGAAACUAGGUCGGAGCCAGGAAACCCUGUCAGAGACCUCCACAGCCCAGGGAGCCUGGGAAACUCCUCAGGAGCAUGACCCCAUGGUAGAGGAGUGCAGGCAGAACCGUAAACCGUGUCUAAUUCAACAUCCCCCACAGCUUUUUGUAUAUUUAAAAUACUUUCAUUUUCUUUAAAAAACAAUACAUAAAGAAGCCCAUUGCCCAGAAAGACUGCCCACAGACCCAAAUGAAAGACUUUACACCCAAGAAGCUAAAGGUGAUGGCAAGGCCUUUAUGGAUGUGGCAAAGGAAACCGCGCCUUGUUCAGAUCACAGAGGUGAAGCCAAAUGUAGAAUGGGGUGUCCAAGGACCCAGAUAAUACUUUCUUCAUUGGAAUUCCCUUUAUGGGUGAGGACAGGUUACACAGUUAAAGUUUAACUCAAAUUGCUUUUGAACGAAGAUACAUUUUUCUUCUGGCCUUUACAUGCAUGGGAUAUGGCCACAAACAACAGGAAGUCAAGGGACCAGGAAGGAGAAGGGGCCAGCACUUCAACCAGCUCAAUUAGAACAUCUCUUAAGACUCCCAAACCCAAGAUCGAAAACCAAGAAUUUCAAAGUGCUCCCCCUCCAUGGCUGAGGUCUAGAAUUAAACCAUUUUAGGGGAAAACAAACUGUUCAUCUUGUCUAGAUCAAUUACUUCUAGGCAAGCACGAUUUCCUUCUUGGGCUGUGCACUCAAUUCUCCCCUGAUGUCUCCACCAGUAUUUACAAAUGGUUUGAAUGAGUUAAAGACCCAAGUCUGUAGACCACUCAGCAAAUUUCCAUCCAGCUUCUGCAGAAUCCUUCCUUAGCACCUCUCUUCAUCAGCAAAUUAGUGGGGAGAAGGAAUUCGAACCUUCUGCCCCAGAAUGUGAACUAGGAUUGUCUUCAGGGGAAAACAAGGAAGCUGUGAACAAAAUGGAUGUGCAGAAAUCUAGAAGGCCUUAAGAAUCCUUACGGAUGUGAGUCAGACCCUUGGAGAGGAGCCAAAGGCUGGAGCAGCAGCCGAGCCCAGUCCCUGGGGCCCGGUAUGAACCCCCGCACUCUGCCCUCACGUAAAUUACAGGAGGGACGGAAUUGCUACUGUUGUUCCCGUCACAACAUCAGAUACGACGCUGUGGUCAGUUAACGUCACUGGAAAAUAACAGUCAAAGGCUAAAAACAACAGGAACCAUGAGAAAACCAUUUGCCAAAAUGGAUGUUUAUCUGAA